UUCGAUUGACUAAUCAGAUUUGUGAAGAUAAACUUAAGACAGUCGUAAAUACAUAAGAUCGAACUACGAAUAUCGGCCGUGGCAUCGACGGUUUUGAAGUAUCGAUUUGUCUAUACUCGAAGUUAAAAAAAAAAAAACAAAUGUUAGCCAAUUGCACGUUACUGAGCUAGACUGACGCCGAACUCGAUCGUGAUUGGUCGACUCGUUUCCAAAACCUGUACCUCUACUUUGACGUUCUUUUAUGUUUCACGAUCAUUAACUGUUCUCUGACAUUUCCCUGCCGAAUGGAAUGCACGAGAAUUUGCACACGGCCACACGCAUUUUACGUCCGUAGUAGUUCUCGUGCGUGUGCCGAAAUAUUGACGCCAAAAAUCAGUUGCUUCACCGACUCGAUAGUUCCGACUCUCGGAUGCGCGAUAAGUGAAGAAAAGUAGAGAUACCAUCCCCUUUAACAGAUAGACCUUAAAGCGCCGGCCACACGAACACGCUUUCCCCUCGGGAUCUGUGCGCUCCUCACUUAAUAGCUGUUUCAGCACCAGCCAGCGACAUGGAGACAAAUGAGAUGGAGAGGCCGUUGGUCAAAGACUUGCACGAACAUAUCGUAUGCCCCCUGUGCAGAGGAUAUCUUAUAGAUGCUACAACUCUUGUGGAAUGUUUACACUCUUUUUGCAGAGGUUGCAUUGUCCGACGUUUGAGCAACGGUGCCCGCGCAUGUCCUGUGUGCAACGUGGCGGCGUCACCGCCGCUUCUUCCGGAUCCGCGGCUACAACGGGUAGUGUAUCUCGCGGUACCCGGUCUCUUCCGAUCGGAACUCGAACGCAGACGUCACUUUCGCGUAGUAAACCCGCAAUGUCCGCCUCUGGCGCCUCCUGUCGGCGCCCUCGACUUCACCCUUGACGAUUUCGUCAGUCUGAGCAUGCAGGAGGUGGAGACGGAGGAAGAGCCGCCGAAAGAAGAACGCGGCUCGUCGAAGAGCGAGGAGGUGUUACGGGAGGCUUGUAAGAACACGCGAUACUUCAAGUGUCCGGCCGCUGUGACGGUGCGUCAUCUGGUGAGAUUGCUGAUGCUAAAGAGGGGAUGGGAAGAAGCGAAUGUCGUCAACGGUGUUAAUAAUAAUACCACGAUAGAAAUUAUGUACCAGCAAGACGACACGCAGAACCCCGCUGAAGAAGAUAGUGCGUGUCCUCUCGAUCUCUCCUGGACACUUCUGGACAUUGCUUGUAUAUUUCGAUGGAAGAGGGAAGCGCCAAUGAGACUAUUGUACAGAGUGUUGCAAAAGAAGGAGACGAUCUCGACCUCAAAAAUUCAUCCGUAUAAAGAUGACGCAACGAAGGACAGAUCUGGAACGAUCGAGAAUAUACAAAGACCACCUACUCCUCCGCCAAGUCCCAAACCACCUGCCGUUCGCGAACCGGAAGCGGAAGCUCGCAAUGCAGAUCCUCCUCGUGUUCUCGAAACAAAGAAACCGCGCUGCGAAGUGACGCCCGUUAUGCGAACUCCCGAUCCCUCAGCCGCUGGACUUUCGACGAACAGUCAUCAUCAGUCGGCCGAGAGCACGAAGAGCAACGAUCUGACGAGAUUAGAACACCGAAAGGAGCGCAAACGGCGAAGAAAACGAGUGAUCGCGGAGAUCACGACGAUGCCUCGCGAAGACCUGUUGAAACUCAAAGUCCGUCUAACGCCGUGUCCACCGAGGAUCACUUCAGGGGGUGGUAGCGUAAACGAUCAGGUGCGAAAGGAGAAAUUGAUGCAGUUGAGAGCGGUCAGACGAGAAAAAAUCAAAGCAAUCGCGCAGCAGCGAUUGGCAGGCCUGGCGGUUCGAGAAGAAAUUGAAUCCAGAGAAUACACCGAAGACGAGACGAUCGAGGACAUAAUCGAUAGCAUUCCUGAUGAAAUUGUGCAUAUUGCACAAAAUAUUAGCGAUCAGAGUGAGAACGUUACAGAAAAGGAAACUAUAAAGGAUUCUACUGAGGUGAUCAUCGAGGAACCUAUCCAAGAGACUAUUGUAGAAAAACCGGAGCCCACUAAAUCAUCGAAAAAAGACGAUAAGCCGAAAACACUGAAGAAAGAUCCGGAGAUAUCGAAGAAAGAAAAAAAGAAUCUAGAAAAAUUGAAAAAAGAUUCGGAAAGACCAAAAGAGGAGAUCCUGCGACGAUUAGGUCUGGUGUCCAUUAAAGAUAUAAACGCUGACAAAAUGGCGAAGCAUCAGGCCCAAAGUGACAACGAAAAAGCGAAUAAUUUGGACCGCGAGAAAUUAGAGAAGCAGUUGCGCGUAAGUAAGGCGAAUCGCGUGCGGAGUUUGCUGGCGGAGAAGCAAAUGCGCGAUGCACUCAAGAGCAUCAUGUCGAAAACCAAACAGGAACGGAUCGCGUCCAUAUUGAAUACCCCAGUGACAAGUUCCAUUUCUGUUCCUGUUUCUACUUCCACUUCUAUUUCCACUUCCGUUCCUGUUUCCUCUUCCGUUUCUGUUUCCUCUUCCGUUCCCGUGUCCACUUCCGUUCCCAUUUCCACUUCCGUCCCUGCGUCAACUGUCAGUACACCUUCUGCAAAGAAAAAAGAACCGCCGCCAUUAGCACCGCUGCACGUCGCGAAACUCUCCGGUUUUGCCACGACCACUAGCAUGCUGGCGUCGAGCACGACUUCCAAACACGAGACUCCGUUGGACCUCAGCAGCGGCGGCACCAUCAACGACAAUGUCCUCGAUCUGUCUGCCACAUUAUCAAGCGACGGACUACCUAUGUACUCAUCUUCCUCAUCCUCUUCUUCCUCGUCCUCUUCCUCUCCAUCCUCUUCUUCAUCCUCGCCUUUAUCCUCGAUGCCAUUGUCAAAACCAGCGCGACCUACAGUUGGCGCUACUAGCGGCUUCUUCCGCAAGUUCAAGGAACAAGAUCAGCAGCGUAAAGGACAUCAAGAAUCGAAUCUGAAAACUCUCUCAGAAGCCGCGGUAUCUCGUCUAAGCGGCUGCCUGAUCGAAAAGAAUUCGAUGAUGGAAUCGCUUACAUCCGCGAACACUCUUACUACCGGCCACAAGGUCGCCUUGCGCAUACCGCAGCCGCAUCACCGUAUCUCCGGCUUCGGCAUGAAAAUCAAGCCCAAUCUUGGUGUCCGACACAUCCCGAAUCCUCAGGCUGUCGUGGCUUCCCAGUAUCGUAAUCAAAGGGCCAGUUACUUCAACACCGUCUCACAGCAGUCACCAUAAACGUGUCCUCUAUUGGUUAUUCUAUUUUUCUUAGAAUUCUGUCUUUUCUCUUCCUAACUCCAGUUUUCUUACCUUAUACUUCCGUCGCUAUCAAAAGACGGAAUUUCUACAAGACCAAAAUCCAAAGGCUGUAUGUUACCACGCAUUUUCCCCGCAGUUUCUCACCGGUAACGCUGAAUGACGUAAUCACAUAGUCUCGAAAAAUGAAAUUUUAAAAUAAUAUGAUAAUUCCUCAGUACACCUAUCUAUUUUUUAAUUAGAUACAAGAAUCAAGAAAGAAUGCGGCAGCAUUUAUCUUCUACUUAUAUAUUACCUUAGGGGAGAGAAAGAGAGAAAGAUGCUAUAGCGUAUCAUCUACAGGUAAUGUGACUACUAUAAUUGAUACAUAGCGAUAUGUAGCCGUAAAUUAAUUACUGGAUAUUAAUGAUCCAUAAGUGUAUUAUAUAUAUACAUAUAUAUUUAUAUAUU